CACAGAGCCAGAGAGGAGGGACUGUUUGCAGCUCUGAGAGCCAGCUGUCGUUCGCUCAGAGCUGCGUCUAUUCUCUCCCUGACUCCCUCGUUUUCCACUGGCCUCAUCACUCCAUGGGACUCCAGACCUGGCCGCCAAGCAAACCACCUCUGUCCUCUAUGGCCUGCCUUGAUGUGGAGACCCCUUCCAUCUGCAGGGGUAAAUUCAAAUCAGUCCUCCAGCUCUGUCUGCAGCAGAGAAGAAGUCGGGAGCAGCUUGUGGAGCAAGGCAUCAUGCCGCCCCUGAAAACGCCUGCUGCCUUUCAUGAGCAGAUCCGCAGCCUGGAGAGAGCCAGGACUGGGAGCUUCUUAAAGCACAAACUCUGCAGCAGGCCUGAGCGCUCUGAGCUCGUCCGUAUGCACAUCCUACAAGAGACGCAGGCCGAACCCUCCCUGCAGGCCACACAGAUGAAGCUGAAGAGGGCCAGACUGGCUGAUGAUCUCAAUGAGAAGAUCUCCCAGCGGCCUGGACCCAUGGAGCUGGUGGAGAAGAACAUCCUGCCUGUGGACUCUGUUGUAAAAGAAGACGAUGGUGAAGAGUCAAAACGCUCUAAGCCUCCAGAUAUUUACAACUUCGAUGAAGACAGCAGUGAUGUCUUAUCACCACAACAGCCUGCCAGCCAACAAUCUCCCAGCUCUACCUCCGCCUCUCCAAGGGAGUCUGGAGCGACUGAGACCACUUCUACUUCCUCUAACUUAAACUCCCCCAUACAGCACUCCCCAACACCUAACACACAGUCCACAUCAGACGUGGUCAGCCUCAUCUGUGAGCAACAAAGCAAGCAACAAGCAUCUACACCUCAGCCAGUCACCACUGUUGUCCCCAGUGUCACACUGGGGCCACUUCUGGUGAAGCAAAGCCUGCCCAAGCCAGCCGGCGAUAAAAGCCGCAGCAAAAAGAGCAAAGAGCCCAAACCACGGGUGAAAAAGUUAAAGUACCAUCAGUACAUCCCCCCGGACCAAAAGCAGGAGCUCAAUGAAGUGCUGAUGGACUCGGCUUACGCUCGCCUCCUGCAGCAGCAGCAGCAGUUCCUGCAGCUUCAGAUCCUAAAUCAGCAGCAGCAGCAGCAGCAGCAGCAGCAGCAGUACAGCUACCAGGCCGUCCUGCCCACCACACUCAAACCAACAACUGAGGUACAAACCAGCUGUUCCACUGUUGUUCUAAAUGGAAACACUGCGUCUGCUCCUGUGCAGGCCCGGCACACUCAGACGAACCGCAAGCCGGAUCAUUUACCAGCUAAUCUGGAUGAGAUGAAGGUUGCCGAGCUGAAGAUGGAACUAAAACUCAGAUCUUUGCCUGUUUCUGGGACUAAGACAGAUCUGAUAGAGAGGCUGAAGCUGUAUCAGGAGAACUCUAACAUCCAGACUAUUGAGGCAACAGCCGUCACAGCAGCCUCACAGUCAGAAAACACAAAGUUAACACCUCCUGUGUCCCCUAUCGCCUCCAAAGUGUCCAGUCUGGGCAUAGAGGAUAGCAGUAUGGCGGACAGUCCCACCAAGCAUUCAGAUGCUCUGUCUCCAACUCACACUGCUCCCUGUGUGAACUCACCACAGAGAGCUCCACAGGAGGAGUGUCCCACUGAAACAAGGUCCUAUGCGAAGGACUCUGAGAAAGACAAGCGUCUCCACGAGAAGGAGCGUCAGAUCAAGGAGCUGAUGAGGAAGCUGGAGCAGGAGCAGAAGCUGGUGGAGGAGCUGAAGAUGCAGCUGGAGGUGGAGAAGAGGAGCCAGCAAGGAGAUUCUCCACCUCAGCUCAGCCCUCUUGCUCCCAUCCAGGUCAAAGAGGAAAAUCGGACCUCAUCGACCUGCUCAGCGUCCUGUAGCUCUCCCAGUCUGCCAGUGUUGAUCAAACAAGAGGAGGUGGCAGAUCAGUGCCAUUUGGCUGCUCACAAUCAGUUCAUCAUCAGCCACCAGGCUAUCAAGCAGCCCGAAAGCCUGCAGCCAGUCCAGGCUGGAGCUCAGAUCCUCCUGCCUGCAUCCUGUCCUGCCUCAGCAGUCACUAUCCAGCUCCCUGCCAACAGCAUUAAAUUACACACUACUGUUAGCAGCGCAGCCCCAGGCCUCAUCCAGACCUCUGGACAGGUGCCACAGAAAAUAGAGGCCUCAGCAGCAUUACAACAGCAAUGCAGCAAUCAGACUCAGCCUCCGACAAAGACUUGGAGGAUGGGCAGCACAGCACAAAGCUUACUCAACACAUUCCCAGUGAGUGGAUGUCCUGCGGGAGCCUCCUCUAGCCAAGCCGGUCCUAAAGAUCCUGCAACUAAGUCUCCCUGUACCAGCCAGCCAAGUUUGAUCUUGCCAAAAUUCACAAACCACGUGUCAAAGUGUAAAGACCCGCCCCGCUAUGAGGAUGCAGUUAAACAGACACGCAGCAUGCUAACAGCUGUUCAGGGGCCCACUGCAGCCAGCCAGCAGAUGGACGACUUGUUUGAUGUGUUAAUUGAGAGCGGUGAGAUCUCCCCGUUCAUCAGACAGGAUCCUCCCAGCCUAGACAAGCCUCUCCCUGUGACAGCCAGUGUAACCACCCUUCCCAUCAACACAGUGUUAUCCCGCCCUCCACCCGUGGUCCAAGUGGCCCAGCUGCCCUCGACGCAGCUCAACCCCUCGGCCAGCCUGGCAGCCUUGACCUCCGACGCCCAGCUGGAAACCCUCCUGGGCGCUCACACCGAGCCGCAGAGCUCGCUAAAGCUGAUGGAGGAGCUACACUCACCUGUGGAUACCAUGGAGGUGGACUUUAAUAAAAGCACAUCACCCUCUGCUUUGAACUUGCACAGCUCCAAUAUGGACAAUAUGGAUUGGCUGGACUUUACACUGUCUGUGCCAGCAGAGGGGGCCAACCCUUUGGACAUGUCAACGCCAGUGGGCGUCUUCUCCUCUGACUUCCUGGACUCACAUGAACUGCACUUGAACUGGGUCUGACUGAUGUCAAGGAGAAUUCUUACACCCAUCAGACAGUUUCAGAUAUUUUUUUUUUUUACGCAAAGGACAAAAGCUUUUGUUUCCUGUAUGGAAAAAAGAGCUUUCAGAGGUUGGGGCAGCUCUGCUUUGCCUUCUGGUAGUAUACAUCAGCUCAGUAAUAAUCUAAUUGUGCUGCAUCAGUUUGGAAAUUCCUGCGUUGCUCUUUUUGAGGUCUCUGAUUGUAGACUGACAUAAAGUAUGACUGGUACUGGCAGACUGAACUGACAGUGGAAGUAGCUUUUAAAAUUUCAAUCUUAAAUUAUGCCACAGAUUUGUUAUCAAUCUGUUCUCAUGUUAUUGCUUUCUCUUCGUCGUCUGAUCAUAAUGAAUGUACAGUGUUAAGUCGUCUGACAUAAUAACUGAAGGAGCAGGAAUCAGUCCUAAUGCUGGUUCAAUAACUAACAGACAAACGCUGCAUGUAGCUGGGGGCUGCCAUGUCAUGUAGUUCACUUCACUCUUGUCUUGGAAUGAUAACCUCUAUCACAACACAUUGUAAACACACAUGUUCCUUGUGUAUAUGUUGAUUGUGAAGCAUACGCCAGAUGUACCACUGCACACACUGACCAAACCAGCAUGACCAACCAAGUAUUUACUGCUUCUGAAUGUUCAGUGUGCAUCUGUACAUUGUGUAAAAUAUACUGCACAUGCUUUUUUGUACAGCCAACAGUCCUACGAGCUUAAAAGGUAGAAUCCUUACGACCACUUAUGAGCAAUUUACCGGGCCCUGUAAAGACUGUAUCUAAAUGAAUCAUGAUAAAAUGUUCUUGCGACAUCAUUCACUGACUCUUAAAGGGUUCGAAAUGAUUAAUUGAGUUAAGGUCAACUCGGUUUUUGUUUAGGUAGUUUAUUAUUAAGUGUAGAAAUGGCAGGACAUACCAGACAGUAAUCUCUGUGCAGCAUCACAAUCUAACAACAUACAUGCAGUACAGACACAUCUUACAGAAAAAUAACAAUAUCCAUCAUCAGUAUGAACAACUUCUCAUUUUAGUUAUUCAGUCACCUCACAUAGAAAUAAGAAUACAUUGCACUCGAGUUGUACUGUAGUGACAUCUGCUGGCCACAUCUGAAUCUAAUCAGCUCGAGCAAGUAAAGUCUGCUGUCUGAA